UUUCGACUCACAUUGAUAUUCUAAAGAUUGGUGUUUUAUUUUGCAAAAGCAUAUAUAGAAAAGAAAAGAUGGGUCAGGGAAGAGGCUUCAGUGCAAUCAUCGCAUCGUUGUGUGUGUUGGUCCUUCUGUCUGAUAUGGCUCAUGCAACAACUUAUGUGGUUGGCGAUGACAAGGGUUGGGCCUUUAACACAAGCAAUUGGCCAGGUGGAAAGCAAUUUAAGGCUGGUGAUGUACUAGUAUUUAAUUAUAAUCCUUCGAUUCACGAUGUGACGAAAGUUGACGUGAAUGGAUAUCACUCAUGCGAUUCUUCAAAAGCAUUAGAAAAGCAUCGUUCAGGGCAUGAUCAGAUCACACUUGCCUCAGGAACAACCUAUUUCGUCUGCUCUAUUCCUGGUCACUGCCAGCAAGGGAUGAAAAUUGCGAUUCAUGCUAAAUGAAUUAAGCUUAGUUCAUAGCCACCUAUGUCUUUUUUAGCACCUUUUUUUCAUCAUUCUUUUCUAGGAUUUUCUAUGUAUCAUCCAUUUUGGUUGAACAUAUGUAGAAAUGGGUGCCAAAUCUAGGUGGGUGCAUGUGAAUUGAUUAAGAUAAAAUGACUUCUGUCACAAUAAAUGAUAAAUCUUUAUAUA